AUGUCGGCAGCCACGUCGUCGAUCCAGGACCGAACUCCCGAAUUCCGCUCCAUCCUCGCCCAAGCACAAAAGCGCCUCGCCCACACAAAGACACCCAAGGACCGUCAACAUUUGCUGCCUAAUGCCGGCCAACCAUCGGCUCAACCCACGCGCAAACAACGCAGCGAGUUUGCGCGCAAGGCUGCCGAGAUAGGCAGGGGCAUUGCGGCCACUGUUGGCAAGCUAGAACGCUUAGGACAACUCGCACGUCGCAAGACGCUGUUUGACGAUAAACCUGUCGAAAUCGCCGAACUCACCUAUGUUAUCAAGCAGGAUCUCGCUGCGUUGAACCAGCAGAUUGGCGCGUUGAAUACGAUAAGCAAGACGGCGCAUCCCAAAGGAGGCGCGGAUCAGGAAGGCCAACAUAAUGAGAAUGUUGUUCUCAUGCUGCAGAGCAGUUUGGCGAAUGUAGGAGGAAAUUUCAAAGAAGUCUUGGAAGUGCGGUCAAAGAAUGUACAGGCCAGUCGCUCUCGACAGGACAAUUUCGUCAACACGGUCGGCAGUAAUGCUGGACAUCUUGUUGCGCAGGGAAGGAGUGAUAGUCCCUUAUACGCACCGCCAUCACGGGGACGCUCGCCACAACCACCCAUGAACCAAGGACAAGACCUCUUGACCCUGGAACCGCCGAGCUCGUCCUCAUCAGCCUUGACACGAGGCGCACAAUCAGAACAACAAAUGCUACUACUCGAAGAAGGAAACCAAAACAAUGGAUACAUCCAACAACGCAGCGAAGCCAUAGAAGGCAUCGAGCGCACCAUCGCAGAACUCGGAGGCAUCUUUGGUCAACUGGCUCAAAUGGUUAGCGAGCAGAGUGAUAUGAUCCAACGCAUCGACGCAAAUACAGAGGACAUUGUCGACAAUGUCGAAGGUGCUCAGCGAGAACUUAUGAAAUACUGGUCUCGCGUGCAAGGCAAUAGAUGGCUUGUCGCAAAAAUGUUUGGUGUAUUGAUGAUCUUCUUUUUGUUAUGGGUUCUCAUCGCCGGCUGA